AUGGCAGCGUUUGUCCUGGCCACCUCCAGAGUCAGAUCAAGAUUUGAGGUGAGCCGGGACAGUGGUACCGUGAGCAGGUGUGGAGCUGAAGCUUGGAGAGAGCAGCUGCCAAAGCGGACCGUGGGGAGCGUGUUGACAUCUGAGGGCAGUUCCCACCCAUCUCUGUCAUCGGCCUUUGAGUCUCGACAUCAUCGUGGAUCUUUUUGCCCGAGGAGCUCGCCUUCGGAUCUGGCACGAUCGCCACGGUCUCCAUUUUACCUACUCGCUGGCGUAGCCGCCCGCGGGCAUCUUGGCCACUUGCUGGUCCCCAAGGCCGAUUCCGAUCCCUGCAGUCACCGAUGCUACCGCUUUUCCCAGAAUCUGCCCUUCCACGUCAGGGAGCAGCAGUUGGAAGAUGUGUUGAAGCGUCUUCAUCAGUGGAGUGUUGUGACAGCACAAUGCAGCAACCCUGGAACCCUCAGUGCAGCACAGCUCAGUAAGCCUGGUGCUGGGAUAACCCUGGAACCCUCAGAGGAGGCCAAGCCCCACACCAAAAAGAGCCUGUUGGAGUGCUGGCCUGGAUUUGGGAGGAGCCAAGUAGCCUGGAGCAGUGAGGUUUUUCCUGUCAGAAAUCCAUGCUGGGGAUGUUUUCCCUGGCUGUCCCAAGGGGAAGGAACAGCUCUGGAGUUUUUGCAGCCACAGGCUGGGGAUGCAUCCCCUGAAAACCAGUUCAGGAUCAUUCAUCUGGCUCUGUCCCUGACCUGUGGCUUCCAGGGAGCCUUCUGGUCUUCUGGAUAUUCCCAGGAGAGGAUAUUUCACCACCUGACUUUUAAGCCAGGAAUUCCAAACCCACACCGUUCCAGGGGAAAGCUGGUGAAAGGAUAAAGAUGCAGAGGAACAAGUGUUGUAAACCCCCCUGCCUCCCUGACAAAGCAAACCUUUCUGCAAUCCCAGUAAAUCUCUUGGAGAAACUGUGGGAUCAUAAGGUUUCCUAGGAAAGGAAAACUAAGGACAGAGAUGAGGAAAGAGGCUUCCAAUUAACAAUGAUUUGAUGGAGGAUGAGGAAGCCAGGCCUGCUGAGGAGGAAGAUGAGGAAGUGUGUGAGGAUGGAGACAGCGGCCACCAAAGGCUGGGGAAGGCACAGAUCCAGGUAGGAGACGUUGCCUUGCGAGGAGAGGGACUUGUCUGUCCCGUUGGAAUUUGGGGCGUGAGGCCAGUGGAACAAAGGGUUUGAUUCCAUUUUCUUGCUCAGAUUUUCACGUGCCUUAAGAGAGCUUUGCGAAAAUGUCAUUAUCCCUGAUUGAGUCUCUGAAAAACAGGGAUUGAAGCUUUCAGAAGGGGCCCAACCCUGCCUGCAUGUAUCCAAGUGCAGCCCCCCCUCCCUGUUUUUGUGUACAGCUGGGAUGAGACCUCAGCUGCUGUUACUUGCCAGCUCACAAGUUGUGUAGCUCAGAGCCUCAGCCAUGAAGGGCCAGGCUGUGUUUAAAACAGCCCAAGGUACCAGAGAGCUGGAGUAAUUUCCUAGCAGGUAAUUUGACUUGGAAGCUGCAUUCUAAAAUUUGUCCACAUUUAAUUUAUGCCCCACAUGGAGACACCUAAAGAAGCAGAGGUGGGGUGUUCCUAAGAAAAGAGCAUCCAAAUUCUUUGGUGGUAGAGGGCUUAAAAUUAAAGUCUGAGUGGAGGUGCCUUUAGGACGCUUCCAUUCCAGUAUCUGAAUGGAAUUUAAAUGAAGUAGCCAAAUCCUGACAAGCUUGUAUGAACUCCAAAGCCUCUGCAAGGGUUUCACAGCCAGGGAAGGAGAUAAGAGUCUGGAGUCUCUCCCCAAAACCUGGCUGCUGGUUUGUUUGGCCAGGCAUAGGAAUAAUUGUGUAUUCCCUGGGGCUGUCCUUAUGGGGAGAGGUUUACUUAUGUGCCCUGGGUUUAUUCAGUGCAUCUUCAAAGUGAUGGAAAUUGAUUUCAUUGAAAGGCCA